UGGUCCAGAGCGUAACUGAGUGGGCCUUGGACGUGAGAGGAAAGCCGCGUAAGGCAGCGCUUUCCUGCCCUGGAGCCAUUCUAGAUGCGGAAAAAUGCUUUCAGAAAGCAGUUCAUUUUUGAAGGGUGUGAUGCUUGGAAGCAUCUUCUGUGCCUUGAUCACUAUGCUAGGCCACAUUAGGAUUGGAAACAGAAUGCACCACCAUGAGCAUCACCAUCUGCAAGCCCCUAACAAAGACGAUAUCUCGAAAAUUUCAGAGGCCGAACGCAUGGAGCUCAGUAAGAGUUUCCGGGUAUACUGUAUAGUUCUUGUAAAACCCAAAGAUGUGAGUCUUUGGGCUGCAGUGAAGGAGACUUGGACCAAACACUGUGACAAAGCAGAAUUCUUCAGUUCUGAAAAUGUUAAAGUGUUUGAGUCAAUGAAUAUGGACACAAGUGACAUGUGGUUGAUGAUGAGGAAAGCUUACAAAUAUGCUUAUGAUAAAUACAGGGACCAGUACAACUGGUUCUUCCUUGCACGCCCCACUACUUUCGCUGUUAUUGAAAACCUCAAAUAUUUUUUGUUAAAAAAAGACCCAUCACAACCUUUCUAUCUAGGACACACUAUAAAAUCUGGAGACCUUGAAUAUGUGAGUGUGGAUGGAGGAAUUGUCUUAAGCAUUGAAUCAAUGAAAAGACUCAACAGCCUUCUCAAUGUUCCUGAAAAGUGUCCUGAACAAGGAGGGAUGAUUUGGAAGAUCUCUGAAGAUAAGCAGCUAGCAGUCUGCUUGAAAUAUGCUGGAGUAUUUGCAGAAAAUGCAGAGGACGCCGAUGGGAAAGAUGUGUUUAAUACCAAAUCCGUUGGCCUUUUCAUUAAAGAGGCAAUGACUAACCAACCAAACCAAGUAGUAGAAGGAUGUUGCUCUGAUAUGGCUGUUACUUUCAAUGGCCUGACUCCUAAUCAGAUGCAUGUGAUGAUGUAUGGGGUGUACCGGCUUAGGGCAUUUGGACAUGUCUUCAAUGAUGCAUUGGUUUUCUUACCUCCAAAUGGUUCUGAGAAUGACUGACAGAAACAAGAGCAUGCGUUCAGUAACUAGAUUAAUACAUGGUAUCAUUUUUAAUUGAUAACAGAUCAAACAUAGUAGUGUGUUUCUUUUUCUUAUCUGGUUACACUGGUAUAAUCACACAUUGAAGUCUGCUUAUACAAUGUCAAGUGGAAUGCUGUUUUUCCCGUAUCAUUCGUGAGAAAUUUAAAUGUAUUAAAAAUAAAUGUUUUAAGAAUAGCAAUUUUCAAAUACAUAUUUAUAAGUACUAUAUUUAUGUGAUAAAGACUAAAUUAUAGACAUUAAAAUCUGUGGUGUAUCUUUGCUUAUUGGCUUUAAACUCAUGUAUCAUUUUAGCUUUCUAGUAUAUGCAAAUGAGAUCUUUAGGGAAUUUGUGAUUAAAGAAUACUUGUAGCCCUGUGUUUCCUUUACUUUUCUGUGGGAGCCUGGGUGCUUGAGAAAAGUAGGAGCAGGAUCUCACUGUAAUUCAGACUGGCCUGGAACUGGCAGUUCUCCUUAGCGUCCUGAGUGCUAGUGUUAAUGUUGUGUACCACUGUGCUCAAUUGUUUCCUUUACUUCUGAUGCAGAUUUGUACUCUUUAAGGCAUAUCAGUGCCAGUGGCUUUGCUCUCCCCAAAUAUAUAACCAAGCAAUUAAGAGUUCAUUAACACUAUUAAGACUUCAAUUGUUUCCUUGAGAGAGGAAGUGCGAUUUGUUUACAUAGGUUAAGCAAUUAAGUUAAUUAAGUAGCAUUCCUUAGCAUUUACAGUUUCUAUUAACUCCAAGCUUCUGCAUUCAGAUAAUGCAUUUGGAAUGUGACUAUAAAAAAUGUUGUCAUUUAACUGAUCCCCACCCUCCCAAGCUCUGAGCUGUACCUUGGAUUACACAUAUAAUGAAUUCAUGCCUACUGGACAGCGAGUUCUGUGCACAUCACCUUUGAAAAACUUGGUUUUGCUCAUCUGGAUGAUUUACUUACCUAAGCUAAAUGUGGAGGUUGUUGUUGUUUUGGUUUUGGUUACUUUUGAAAGUUCUGAGAUUUUUCCCAGAAUUGUGAUUGUAUCACCCAUAACUGGUUUGGUUUGGUUUCCGUGUUUGGUGGUUAGACUUUAACCUUACCAUCCAUGUUGGAUUACCAUAUCAUCUGCUUAAUUUCAAAUGACUACCUAUAAUGCCUGCCUUGCGGAUUCCUGUCCUCCAAAAUGUAUAAUAUGCUUGUCCUAUAAUCUGUCCUAUAAUCUGCGCUCAUAAAUUUGGUCCAUAAGCCCCUUUAGGACAUGAGACUAUUUUUAAAUAUAGUAUUCCUUGUA